ACAUCACAUCCUGAAGGAACCACAAAAGGUGAUAAAUCAGUGUCUCAGCAGAUAGAAAGUGGUAAUCGUUCACAGGAUAACAGUGAUCAGAGAGAUAAAGAACAAGGUGACAACACAGAGAACACGCACACAACAAGGCCAGAACGGAAUGAUGGACAAGACUCUUCUACUUCCACAACUCAAAGUACAGGUAAUACUUCUUCCAGCAAUACAUCCACAGAUGAAGCGCAGAAUAAUCAGGCUGAAAGUGACCCUAAUGCUGCAAAACCAGCAGAGAGUGAAUCAACCAGUGAGGAAUCAACCACCACCACCACAACAACAACAACACUUCCUCCUGAACUCACAAACAACAAGAAGGGUUAUGCAGACAGCAGCAGCAGUAUUAGCAGUUCUGUGUGGAUGCGUCUACCACUACUGAUUGUGGUUACACUGGCCUGUAUUCUUGUGUGCUGA